UUUUCCCUCUUCUGGCGGAGGACCUACUCGGGGCUGGGAAACUCCUGCAAAACUCGAGACCAGGAAGCCAGCCCGCUUCCCAGCCCCCACCGGAGCCACCUACGCGGGCACCGCGGGAGGCCGCUCCACAUCCGCUCUGCCCGCGCGAGAAACUCAGCUGGACCCCAAGUGACUCGGGAAAGGGGGGGAAAUCAUGUCCAGCGGAGCCCCGAAAAAGCUGCCCUGAGACCCCGUCCGACCGAAAGAAUGUUGGCUCAAUUAAGAAACAUCAGGGAGAUAAAUUCAACCCAGUGUAUCUAAAAAUGACUACAAAACGAAGUUUGUUUGUGCGGUUGGUACCAUGUCGCUGUCUACGAGGGGAAGAGGAGACUGUCACUACUCUAGAUUAUUCUCAUUGUAGUUUGGAACAGGUUCCCAAAGAGAUUUUUACCUUUGAAAAAACUUUGGAGGAACUCUAUUUAGAUGCUAAUCAGAUUGAAGAGCUUCCAAAGCAACUUUUUAACUGCCAGUGUCUACACAAACUGAGUUUGCCAGACAAUGACUUAACAACGUUACCAUCAUCCAUUGCAAAUCUUAUUAAUCUCAGGGAACUGGAUGUCAGCAAAAAUGGAAUACAAGAGUUUCCAGAAAAUAUUAAGAAUUGUAAAGUUUUGACAGUUGUGGAGGCCAGUGUAAACCCUAUUUCUAAGCUCCCUGAUGGAUUUUCUCAGCUGUUAAAUCUAACCCAGUUAUAUCUGAAUGAUGCUUUCCUUGAAUUCUUGCCAGCUAAUUUUGGCAGGUUAACUAAACUCCAGAUAUUAGAACUUAGAGAAAACCAGUUGAAAAUGUUGCCUAAAACCAUGAAUAGACUGACCCAGCUGGAAAGACUGGAUUUGGGAAGUAAUGAAUUCACAGAAGUGCCUGAAGUACUUGAGCAACUAAGUGGAUUGAAAGAAUUUUGGAUGGAUGGUAAUAGACUGACUUUUAUUCCGGGGUUUAUUGGUAGUCUAAAACAGCUCACAUAUUUGGAUGUUUCUAAAAAUAAUAUUGAAAUGGUUGAAGAAGGAAUUUCUGCAUGUGAAAACCUCCAAGACCUUCUGCUGUCAAGUAAUUCACUUCAACAGCUGCCUGAGACUCUUGGUUCAUUAAAGAAUGUCACAACUCUUAAAAUAGAUGAAAACCAAUUAAUGUAUCUACCAGACUCUAUAGGAGGGUUAAUAUCAAUAGAAGAACUGGAUUGUAGCUUCAAUGAAAUUGAAGCAUUACCUUCAUCUAUUGGACAGCUUACUAAUAUAAGAACCUUUGCUGCAGAUCACAAUUACUUACAACAGUUACCCCCAGAGAUUGGAAACUGGAAAAGUAUAACUGUGUUGUUUCUCCAUUCUAAUAAACUUGAGAUACUUCCAGAGGAAAUGGGUGAUAUGCAAAAAUUAAAAGUCAUAAAUUUAAGUGACAAUAGAUUAAAGAAUUUGCCCUUUAAUUUUACAAAACUACAGCAAUUGACUGCUAUGUGGCUGUCAGAUAAUCAGUCCAAACCCUUGAUACCUCUUCAAAAAGAAACUGAUCCAGAGACUCAGAAAACGGUGCUCACUAACUACAUGUUCCCUCAACAGCCAAGAACUGAGGAUGUUAUGUUCAUAUCAGAUAAUGAAAGUUUUAAUCCUUCAUUGUGGGAAGAACAGAGGAGACAGCGGGCACAAGUGGCAUUUGAAUGUGAUGAAGACAAAGAUGAAAGGGAGGCACCUCCCAGGGAGGGAAAUUUAAAGAGAUAUCCAACACCAUACCCAGAUGAGCUUAAGAAUAUGGUCAAAACCGUUCAAACCAUUGUGCAUAGAUUGAAAGAUGAAGAGAACAAUGAAGACUCUGGAGGAGAUUUGAAACCACAUGAAGAUCAGCAGGUUGUAAAUAAUGAUGUGGGCAUGAAGACUUCAGAAAGUACUACAGUAAAAAGCAAAGUUGAUGAAAGAGAGAAGUAUAUGAUAGGGAACUCUAUACAGAAGAUGAGUGAACCUGAAGCUGAGAUCAGUGCUGGGAAUUUACCAGUAACUACAAAUAUGAAGGCCUCUGAAAACUUGAAGCAUAUUGUUAACCAUGAUGACGUUUUUGAGGAAUCUGAAGAACUUUCUUCUGAUGAAGAGAUGAAAAUGGCAGAGAUGCGACCACCAUUAAUUGAAACCUCUAUUAACCAGCCAAAAGUCGUAGCACUCAGUAAUAACAAAAAAGAUGAUGCAAAGGAUACAGAUUCUUUAUCAGAUGAAGUUACACACAAUAGCAAUCAGAAUAACAGCAACUGUUCUUCUCCAUCUCGGAUGUCCGAUUCAGUUUCUCUUAAUACUGAUAGUAGUCAAGACACCUCACUCUGCUCCCCAUUGAAACAGACUCAUAUUGAUAUUAAUUCCAAAAUCAGGCAAGAAGAUGAAAAUUUUAACAGCCUUUUACAAAAUGGAGAUAUUUUAAACAAUUCACCAGAGGAAAAAUUCAAGGUUCAUGGUAAAAAAGAUUUUAGCUUACCUCAGUAUGAUUUGAAUAUUGAAGAGCAAUUAGUUCUAAUUGAGAAAGAUGUUGACUCAACAGCCAUGUCUGAUGAAUCUCACAAGUUAGACCAUAUCAACAUGAAUGUUAAUAAACUUGUAACUAAUGAUACAUUUCAACCAGAAAUGAUGGAAAGAUCAAAGACACGGGACAUAGGGCAUGGAACAGACUUUUUAAGCAGUAAUUCUAAAAGGGAAGCUGAACACUUGGAAAAUGGAAAUAAAUAUCCUAAUCUGGAAUCUGUAAGUAAGGUAAAUGGUCAUUCUGAGGAAACUUCACAGUCUCCUAAGAGGAUUGAACCACAAGACACCAGUUCUUCUGUCGACAUGGCUUUUUCUAAGAGUACUGAAGAUCUCUCCCCUCAGAGAAGUGGUCCAGUUGGAUCUGUUGUGAAAUCACAUAGCAUAACUAAUAUGGAGACUGGAGGGUUAAAAAUUUAUGACAUUCUUAGUGAUAAUGGACCUCAGCAGCCAAGCACAACAGUUAAAAUCACAUCUGCUAUUGAUGGGAAAAAUAUAGUAAGGAGCAAGUCUGCCACAUUGUUGUAUGAUCAACCAUUGCAAGUAUUUACUGGUUCUUCUUCUUCUUCUGAUUUAAUAUCAGGUACAAAGGCAAUUUUUAAGUUUGAUUCAAAUCAUAAUCCUGAAGAGGCAGAUAUAAUAAGAGCCCCCACAGUAAGUGGCCCACAAUCUACACCUCAAAUAUAUGGUCCUCCACAAUAUAAUAUCCAGUAUAGCAGCAGUGCUUCAGUCAAAGACACUUUGUGGCACUCCAAACAGAGUCCCCAAAUAGAUCCUGUCAGCUUUCCUCCUCAGCGCUUUCCUCGAUCAGAAAGCACAGAAAAUCACAAUUAUGCUAAACAUUCUGCCAAUAUGAAUUUCUCUAACCAUAACAAUGUUAGAGCUAAUACUUCUUACCAUUUACAUCAGAGACUUGGCCCAGCAAGACAUGGAGAAAUGUGGGCCAUCUCACCAAAUGAUGAUCGACUGGUUCCUGCAGUAACUCGAACUACAGUUCAGCGACAAAAUAGCGUGUCCUCGACAGCCUCUAUAAAUCUUAGUGAUAGAGGUCCCACAAGGCGUGCCCAAAUACCUGAAGGAGAUUAUUUAUCAUAUAGAGAUUUACAUUCAGUGGGAAGAACUCCUCCAGUGAUAUCAGGAUCACAGAGACCUCUUUCCGCACGAACAUACAGUAUUGAUGGUCCAAAUGCAUCAAGGCCUCAGAGUGCUCGACCUUCUAUUAAUGAAAUACCAGAGAGAACUAUGUCAGUUAGUGAUUUCAGUUAUUCACGGACUAGUCCUUCAAAAAGACCAAAUGCAAGGGUUGGUUCUGAACAUUCUUUAUUAGAUCCUCCAGGAAAAAGUAAAGUUCCUCAUGAUUGGAGAGAACAAGUACUUCGACACAUUGAGGCCAAAAAGUUAGAAAAGAUGCCUUUGAGUAAUGGACAGAUGGGCCAGCCUCUCAGGCCUCAGGCAAAUUAUAGUCAAAUACAUCACCCCCCUCAGGCAUCUGUGGUGAGGCAUCCCUCUAGAGAACAACUAAUUGAUUAUUUGAUGCUGAAAGUGGUCCACCAACCUCCAUAUACACAGCCCCAUUGUUCUCCUAGACAAGGCCAUGAACUGGCAAAGCAAGAGAUUCGAAUAAGGGUAGAAAAGGAUCCAGAACUUGGAUUUAGCAUAUCAGGAGGUGUCGGGGGUAGAGGAAACCCAUUCAGACCUGAUGAUGAUGCUAAUGGCUACAGUUUUAUCAAUAUUGAACAUGGACAAGCAGUGUCCUUGCUAAAAACUUUCCAGAAUGCAGUAGAACUCAUCAUUGUACGAGAAGUUUCCUCAUAAGCACUGUGGAAAAAAAGGGGGGAAAGGACAGCAAGAUUUGAAGAGACUUGCAGGGGAAAUUAAUAUUUUGACUAUUUUUAUAUAUAAAGAACUCAGUUAUGUUCAAAUUUGUACAUUAAUGAAAUAAUGAAACUUGUGCUUAGAGGGAAAGAACCACUGUACAGAAUAUAAAGGAGACUGUUGAAUUCAUACCAUGUAAAAUUUGUUAGGUUUUUAAAUAUAGCAAUCAAGGCUACAAAAACAAACAUACAUUGUUUUUGUAUAGAUUGUAAGUUUAUUUUUGAAUUUCAUACACAUGACUGAACUGUAUGCAAGGCAAUAGUUAGCCUUGAUUGUAGCCAGAGACAGAUGGCAGAGCUGUCUAUCUCAUAGCUUUUAUGCCCUUAUUUUUAUUCAACUGGUAUUAAUGUUUUUCUGCUGAAAGUACUUUUUUUUGAUGUGGGCAAGAGAUUUGAAGUGUUGGCUUUUGCUAUGUGUAUAUUGAAUUGAAGAAUGAGUAGGUGAAGGUGGUGCUGGUAGGUUCACUUUCCAAGGCCAGAUUAAAACAGUUAUAUCCUAUAAAAAUCUGGAAGCAAAGAAUGAAAAAAGUUAAUAUGUUAAUAUGUUUUUAUGAAUAAAUAAUGCAAUAAAAUAUGUAACGUCUUUUUAAAGAGAUAAAAAGACAAUAAUUGCAUUUUAUGAGCUCUACAAGAUCUGUACUUGUCAUAGCCAUUGAGUAUACAUUUGCUACUGGUGAUUCAAUUUUUAAUUUUUUAGUUACAGGAAAUUUUUAACUCUAUUGUAGAUGCAUGUCCAUGCAUUUUCUGUGCUAUGGAAAUUCCCUGAUUUUUUUUGGCAAAUGGUGGUACUUGCAAUCUGUUUUAUAAUCAGUAUCUAAUUUAUAAUUUUUUGUUUUAAGCAGCAAAGGAAACAGAAAUGGCCAGUUUUAAGGUUGUGUUGCCUGUAACAAAAUGUACGAAGGUUUAGGAAAGCCUCAAGUUUUGUUUGGCCUUGCAUUGCCUUGGGAAAGUAAAAGGAGACAUGGGUUUACGUAUGGAGCUAGCAAACCAAAGCAAGUUUGUGAAACUGGCCCAGUGAUAGAGAAUUGCUGUGGAAAGUUGUAGAGCAGAGGGAUGGGUCCUGAGGCCUACCAGUGUGUGAACAUGUUCAAAUAAAGGGCUGUCCUACAGGUAACAUUAAAUGUGAACUCGAUAGAGUCUUUAAAGGGUUUCUAAGUUGUAAUAGUGUUUUACCACCAACUGCCUUUGUUCUUAGUUACUGUAACAAAUAUUGGAUAAUAGAGACUUAUUAAUAUUGUUUAUCCAAACCAUUAAUUUUAUUUUUGUUCUAUGUAAUCAAAUAAAAUUUGAGUAACAUGCAAUGGUAAGAAUUAAUGCAUGGUUAUUUGGACCAGAAAAAUGUGCCAUAGAAGACCAAUAACUGUUUUUAGUUGAGGCUAGUCUGAAAACUUUUAUUAAAGCAAUAUAUGCAGUUCUUGCAUUCAUUUUUAAUUUCUAAGAAAUGUAAUGAGAAUUUUUAAUGUGUUUUGCUUUUUUCUUCAACCUUGAUUUAAUUAAGACUUAUAGGACUAGCUAAAAUACCAACAUGCAUUAUUUUUGCAAAAAUGAGUUGGACUCACUUUCCAUUCUUUAUAGUCAAAUAGGCAGCACUUUUAAAACUAUGUGAACUCAAAUAUUGCACUUCUUUCAAGAUAUUAUCAAUGAGUUAUUGUACUGUAUAGUUUUAAUAAUUUUGAUUGAAACCCUUUAACAACUCUUUGUAAAUUUUAACUCAUUUUAGUUGAUUUUCAGUACUAUUUACAUAGGAAUUGAUUUUUAUGAAUAUAGUAGAAAAAUGUGCUGUAUUUUGAUAAAAUUCACUUGUAUGUGUAUUGUAAUCUCUAAACAAACAAUGACAAAUAGCUUCUUUAAGACAAGUCUCUGUGUUCCCUUCAUUAACUUUGGCAUUGUAAAAUAGUCACAUUGUCCUUUUAUUGAUUGCAGAUUUUCACAGUAACAUUAUACUUUUCAUUAAGAAUUCAUAAUUGCAGAUUUCAUGUGCGGAAUUUUCAACUACUUUACCAUGACUAAGAUAUGUAGGUUAUAAUUUUGGAAAAGGAAUCAAGGUCCACAAAAUUGGGCUUCUUCAGUGGUCUUUAAUUUCACUGUCUACAUAUUAUAUUGAAAUGCUUUAAGUGUAACACAUUAUGUAUGCACUGUCAUUUUACUUCAGUCUAAUUUUAAAUUUUGUAAUGAUCUUGAAACAUACAAAGUUGAGUAAGAAGGUUUAUAUAAUAUAACAUUAAAAAAACAAGUUUCUAUAUAAACUAAUAGGCUAAGUUUUCCUCCAGAAUAUUUGAAAAUUAAAAUUGAAUGAUAAGGACUCAUCAGAAUUUUUGUGAUAGUAGUACUAAAGUUUCAAAAUUUGAAUAGAGUGAUAAUUUAAUCAUUU